CAUAUUUUUAUACUGUUUUUCUCUCAAACGAUGAAUCAUGAGAGCAACAUCUCAACGGCUACAUUUUUUUUAAAGAAAAUGUCACUUUCAUGGCUGCCGAAACCCAAUUCUUCUUCUACCUCCUAAUCGACUCAGCUUCUAAGUUGUAACUUGGUGCCGCAAAUUUUUACACCCAGAUAACACAAAGAAAACGACAAUGGAUAGCUCAUGGAAUCUUGUUUGGGCACAAACUGGUUAGAUUCCAUAUGGCCACCAAGUGUUUGCUACAAUUUCUCAAUUAGAAAAUUUGUACGCGUUCGUUUCUAGCUGUUGCCCUGUGUUCUCACUGAAUAGGUCUUUGAAUUCUUGUAUGUUAAGGUUCUUAUUGUUGUCAACUGAAAGCUUUUGAAGAGUUGUUGAAUCUGGUGAAAUCCGGGUCUUGUUGCUGUAUCAAGGGCAAGAUUUCUUCUGUCUUUAGUGCAAAUUGUGGUGUGGAAUUGUUUGGGAGAGUUGUUUUUUGUCAAUUCUGAUUCGGAGUAGUUUCUUCUUUACUAUAGUUCAAGUCUAGUUGGUAUUCUAUUCUAAGGAUCGAGGCUACCUUAAAAAGUCAAGUUUUUUAUGAUUGUUUGGUGUAUGGGAUCCCUUUUUCAUUGAGUUGGUGUGCUAUUACAUUACUUGGGGCUUCAAAGUAUUAGUACUUCAGGAAGGGGGACCGAUCUUUCAAGUAUUUCAGUUAAGGUAGUAUGGUCAAGGAUGGAAACUAUAGAGGCUUGGUAAAACAAGUGGGCAUCCAGCAGAAUUGUAAUUCAUAUCAAAUCCCAGCCGUCCAAAGGAUUGAGGGAGAACAGAAUAUAAUGGAGACAGAGGGGAGAGUAUUUUCAGACUUAUAUAGGAAUUCUAGUGAGGAGUUGUUUCUGAAAUCCUUGAUGGAAAGUUCAAUUGGAUUACCAGUACCGACCAUGGAGAUGCUGGGUUUCAAGAAUCUUAAUCAAAACUUUCGUACAGAUAGUGAGGAGCUCUUUAAAAGCUGGCUUAUGAAUGGAGAGAAUCAUGGUCAUAAUUCAUCAAGCAUAGCUUACCGUACUCGACAAGCCUCACGAAGGUUAUCCACCGAACUAGCCAAUUUGUCUAAUCAGCAACAUGCGGGUGCCCUUCAAAAGAAAAGAAGCAGGGAUAUCUUGCUUGCACAGAGUAAUUCGUUGGCUGAGGAGAAUUCUGGUGAAUGCGGCCAACAAUCAAUUGGGAAUGCUGUUGAAAGAAGAACGCAGGCUAGUAAUUUAUAUCUCGCCAAGGCAUGGUUUCACAGUUCUCAACCCAUGACACGAAGUCGAUCUUCUGAGUUGCGGAGGAGAUAUGCUGCCUUGCAAACCACUCAAACGGCUUUUGCUAUGGAAGCAUUGCAUGAUGCUUCUGGGGUUGGUACCAAUAAAUUGAAACAAGAGUUUGCUAGUCCAAAUGGUUUUGGUGACCUUCCUGUAUGUGACAAUGCUAACCAGUUGAAUACAUUCAUGUCUCCCUCCAAUUCAUCCUCCUAUAAUGCUUCUGAUCAAAUGGGUAAUAUUGAUAAAGUUUCAUCUGUUGUGAGCAUGCUGAAGGGCACACUGGAACGCAAAAAGCUCUUUACCCAAGUCGAGAAAGAAACUGUUGAAAAUUGCUCUAAUGGGUUUUAUCAAGGAAUUGUUGCGAAUCCUGUUUUUGAUAAAGGACAGGAGAAUCACAGUAAUCAAAUUAUGGAAAAUUUUCAAGAGAUACCUUCUGGUGAAGUACAGGAUCCUGGAUUCUUGCAGAUGGUUCAAGGAUCUAUGGAUCUUGAUAUGCAAGGUUUUGUAAAUCCAAUGAACCUAGUUCAGUUUAGUGCAGUUUCUCGAGAACCUUCUCAGAGUGAAUCUUCUGCUGCUGCACCAGUAGUUUCAUCUGGUUUUGAUGCUUGUGACGGUCCCAGCAACUCAAGUCAAACUCCAAGCUUCUGUGAGAGCUCGAAAAAACAAGUUGCAAAAACUAGGAGUUUGGAAAAUGACUCUAGAGCCAAAGAUUUCAGGGUACAGAUAAUUGACAAUUUGAAAGAUGACAGAAAGAGGGGAGGUCUCGUCAGAUAUGGAUCUGUAACAUCAGCUGGUUCAGGUGAUAAGGGAGACUCCACAAAAAAGCGUAGGGUAGAGCGAUCUCGGAAAAUGGCCGAGGCAAAGGAAAGAAAUUUGACACCGGCAGUUCCAUCUGAUAUGCAAGUGAUUUUAAAGCGUUGUGAAAAUCUUGAGAAAGAAGUGCGGUCACUAAAGCUAAACCUGUCUUUCAUGAAUAGGAAGGACUCUGAACAGACUAAGCAGAUAGAAGAGCUUCAAAAGCAAAAUGAGGAGUUGGGGGAUGAAAAGGAGCGCCUCCUGGAAGAGAUAGAGAGAAUCAUUUCGGAAACGGGCAAGAUGUAAACCACCUUCUAUAAUUAGUUGUGGACCUCAAACAUUGCAACUGUUGCCCGAGCUUAGUGACAGACGUUAUUAAAGCCUCAUGGCGGAUUUCUACAGAAGAUUACCAACCGCAGCAUGAACAAGCAAUAUGGCGAAGGCUUUUUGGUCCAGUUAUUUGUAUAAAUGCUGUGAGUAUUGUCCAGUACAGCAAAAAAUCUGCCUGUAUGUCAGUAUGUAGAACCUUGAAUAGCAUGGCUAGGGUUUCAGUUUCCCCAUUGACCGGACAGUGGAAAACUCUAGCUCUAAACCUUCUGCAAUAUGUGUUGAUUGUGAAAUCUCAACAUUAUGUACUCUCAUAAAGUAUGGAUUCUAAUUAUCUAGAAAAAGGGUUUUUGAGAAUGUUUUUAAACAGCUUCUUUUGAUGCUUGUGACA